AGUUGGUGUUGUAUUUUUGUGUCUUUUUGUUAUUUUUUCCUAUCCUCGCGUAUUAAAGUAAGAAAAAAGAAACUAGUUGAGGAAUUUUUAUUAAAAAAAUAAUAAUUAUUAUAAAAAUUAAACAAUAAACUAAAAGUUUAACUACUUUGCAUUAGUGGUAAAUGCAAUAAAUUAUAAAAAAAACUGAAAUAUUUAAUAAUAAAAAUAUUUCCAAAGUUAAAACUACUAGCACAAAAUUUAAUAGAAAAAGUGAAAUUUUUUUCCAAUUAACACAACAAAAGAGUUUUUUUUUUGGUCUUUUUGACAAGUGCUGCCGUGUAGAAGUAGUAAAAACUAAAGAGAACACUAAAGAGAAACAAAUAAAUAAUAAAACAAAAUUGUUUCUUGGAGAGUGUGUAUGUGUGUGUGUGUGAUUAGUGAGGUGCAUUAAAUUGGUCAAGUUGUGCUUUUUUAUUGUAUUACCAAAUAACCCACUAAGAAAUUGAACAUUUUAAUAAAUUUUGUUUCAAAAACCAUUAGCAUUCCAAGCCAACAACAAGUAACACACAAAAGAAGUUAAACAAAAUUAUUUAAUAAUUAAAAAACAAGUUGUUUCACUAGUAUCUCUGGUGGUUAUCUACGUCAAACUUUUUUACGCCUUUUAUUUGUUUAUAUCAUAUUGUAGAAAAAUUUUAUUAAAUAAUUUAUCAUUCGCUACAAUCAAUAAAGAGUGUUAAAGAAUUAAUACAAAAACAACAAACAUGUCCAAAUCACAAAUAAAUGGUUUGUUUAGCAGCAGCAGUAGUAGCGCCGGCAGCAGCAGCAGCAAUAACAACAAAACUUUUACUGCCACCCAUUCCACCCCCACUGGUGUUGUUGGUGUUACAGCCACAGCUGCUUUACAGUGUACACCUUCUACAACAAAUGCUGCUGCUGUUGCGGCAAAAGAUCAUUUAAGUGUUAAUCGCAUAAAUGCUGGUGGCAAUGCCUCUUCGGCUCCGGGUCCUGGAGGAACAAAUUCCUCGCCUGAUGUGGAAGCUAUGAGGGAAUGGUGGCGCACACGAAGUUUAAAUGCCCCCUCACCUUUUCAACAAUUUGGACCAUGUGGACGUAUAAUGAAAAAUCCGGCCAUGGUUAUGCAAAUACAAGACCCUGCCAGUCAGCGUCUUACCUGGUACAAACCCCCGCUAACGGUAUUGGUUAUAAAAAAAGUACGUGACUCUAUGGUGCUGGCACCAUUUGUACAAUUAGUUGAAUGGUUGGUACAAGAAAAACACAUGGUUGUGUGGGUGGAAUCAGCCGUCUUAGAUGACCCACUCUUACAAGAAGAUAAGAAAUUUCAAUCGGUUAAGGAAAAAUUGGUAACAUUCAAAGAUGGUCGUGAUGAUUUAACAGAUCGCAUAGAUUUCAUUGUUUGCUUGGGUGGUGAUGGUACUCUUCUAUAUGCCUCUCUUUUGUUCCAACAAUCUGUGCCGCCCGUCAUGGCCUUCCAUUUGGGCUCUUUGGGUUUUUUGACACCAUUCCAGUUUGAUAAUUUUCAAGAACAAGUUACAAAUGUUUUAGAAGGUCAUGCCGCUUUAACAUUGCGCAGCCGUUUGCGUUGCGUUAUCUACAGAAAGACAGAUCGUCGUAAAGAUUCCUCCGAACUGACGCCACAAUUGAAUUGCAGCAUGUCGGCGGACAGUGGUGUAUCAAUGGAUUCCUGCUCGGGUAUACCAACGGUAGGCAAAGGUUGUUCUAGAACACCUUCCACAAAUAUAUUGGUUCUCAACGAAGUUGUUAUUGAUCGUGGCCCUUCCCCCUAUCUGAGUAACAUUGAUUUAUUUUUGGAUGGCAAGUAUAUUACUUCUGUUCAGGGUGAUGGCUUAAUUGUUUCCACACCCACUGGCAGUACAGCAUAUGCUGUGGCAGCUGGUGCCUCUAUGAUUCAUCCAUCUGUACCCGCGAUAAUGGUCACACCCAUUUGUCCACAUUCUUUAAGUUUUCGUCCGAUUGUUGUACCUGCAGGAGUUGAACUGAAGAUUUCUGUAUCACCCGACAGCCGUAACACCUCCUGGGUAUCCUUCGAUGGUCGCAAUCGACAAGAACUCUUCCAUGGAGAUAGUUUAAGAGUGACCACCUCCAUUUAUCCGGUGCCCAGUAUAUGUGCUCAAGAUCAAAUAUCCGAUUGGUUUGAUUCGUUGGCCGAAUGUUUGCACUGGAAUGUGCGCAAAAAGCAAAAGUGUUUAGAUGAACUGUCGGACUUGACCGCUUCAGGUUCGGAGGAUACUCUAGAUGAGCUGGAAAGAGGCUCCGAUUCUUUGUUAGAUAGUUAAACAAAAACACAAUAAUAAACAUAAUUGUUAAACAAUUAAAUUUAAACAAAAGAAAAAAAACACUAUUAUAAUCAUAAAAUACAUAAAAUUUCAUUAAAACAACUACAAUAUGUUUAAGGCAAACAUUUAAAAACAAAAAUAUAUAUAGAAAACAAGCUGCAAUACUAAAUAAGCUUCAGUUGGUGUUAAUAGGUAUAAAAUAAAUUAAAUUAAUUAAAACUAAACUAAAAAGCUUAAAUUACUAAUAAAUGAAAAAAAGCUUAUAAAAACAAAGAAAAAGAAAUCGUCUUAACUGUAAUUGGUCUUAGAAAGCAAUGAUGUAUUAUGUUAGAGAAUAGCGUUAAAUUGUAAUAAUGUUUAAUUGUUGCCAAUUAGAAAUAUUUAAACAGAAAACAUUUGUAAUGAAAGUGUAAACGAUAAAAAAUGAACAAACAUUAUUAGUAAAAUCUUUACAGCUCAAAUUUGUUUUUUUUUUUUGCUUAAUUUUUUUUUUGUUACAAACUGUUUUAAACAUUUUGUGUUUAGUUUAAUUUAUUACUAUUUAAUUUAAAAAAAAUCUAACUAAUUAUUGUUUAAUGGGUUUUUUUGUUACAACACACACGCCCUCUAAGAAAUAGGCAAAAUAAAAUAUGAAAGACAUAAAAGAAA